AUGAUGCACAUGGACGAAUCAAGAAAGGAAAUCAUUCGAGAAGAAGCUAAACGAGCGAAAGCCAUCGCAGUGGAAAAAUAUAAAGCGGGUGAUUUUGCUGGAGCCAAAGAGUUUGCUCUCAAGGCAAAACAAAUUAAUCCUGCACUUGGUGGUCUUCGCCGUCUCAAUGCACUUCUUGACGUGUGCAUGGGUUUCCAGAAGCAAGUCAAUGGUGAAGUUGAUUGGUAUGAUGUUUUAGCGGUCGAGCGAACCGCAGAUUUUAUAACAAUCUUUAAUCGUUAUAGCACAUUAGCUAUUGACAUUUCCCUUGACCGUGACGAAUCUGUUGGUAGUGGUGUUAAAGAGGCACUGAAGAUACUCACUGAUGCCUCGAAAUAUUUUCUCGAGAGACGCGAACUUUUACCUUCACGGAGAGUUUCUGGUCCAAUAAACCAACUAAGCAGGAUUAGUUGUGAAGGAAGCAAACAAAAGGAACCUCCACCAACAAAUCUACUUCAUGUUUCUAAGUUAACAAGAAUGAGCGAAGACGCAGAGAUUAGACACGAUAUUUCUCCAAAUAGGCUUCGAAGUGCAUUGGCUCGAAAGGCUACGAGUGUGAUCAAACUGAGUCUUGAAACGUUUGUUUGUUCUUCUCCGCACAAUAAUGUUGGUGCUGCUGAGGAAACUGAUAAUAAGGUCAUGGAGGAGUGA